AUGGAUUCAUGGUGUCUGCCUUGGUUUCUGUUCUGCGCCUUUCUUCUCAUGAUUUCUGGCUUGCCAAUUCCAGAAAAUUUUGAUGUAGAUGGUGGAAUUGACCAGGAUAUAUUUGAUAUCAAUAAAGAUUUGGGCCUAGAUCUUGUUGAGGGAGACAUCAAACUUGAUGAGGUACAAGAUAGAAAUUCCAUCAUUGGCGAAAACUAUAGAUGGCCUCAUACUAUUCCAUAUGUUUUAGAAGACAGCUUGGAAAUGAAUGCUAAGGGAGUGAUCCUGAAUGCAUUUGAACGCUAUCGCCUAAAAACGUGCAUUGACUUCAAGCCUUGGACUGGAGAAACUAACUACAUAUCAGUGUUCAAGGACAGUGGCUGCUGGUCUUCAGUGGGAAAUAGGCAUGUUGGGAGGCAAGAACUCUCUAUUGGGGCAAACUGUGACAGAAUAGCAACUGUUCAACAUGAGUUUCUCCACGCACUGGGAUUCUGGCAUGAGCAGUCACGGUCUGACCGGGAUGACUAUGUCAUGAUAAUGUGGGACAGAAUUCAGUCAGGCACAGAGUACAAUUUUAACAGCUAUAAUGACCAAGUCUCAGACUCUCUGAAUGUCCCCUAUGAUUACACUUCGGUCAUGCACUACAGUAAAAAUGCAUUCCAAAAUGGAACAGAACCAACAAUUGUAACAAGAAUCUCAGACUUCAUGGAUGUGAUUGGCCAACGAAUGGAUUUCAGUGAAUAUGAUCUCUUAAAAUUGAAUCAACUAUAUAAUUGCACUUCUUCCUUGAGCUUUAUGGAUUCAUGCGAUUUUGAACUGGAAAAUGUGUGUGGUAUGAUCCAAAGUUCGGAUGAUAAUGUUGACUGGGAGUGGGUUUCACAGGUUCCCAUGGGGCCAGAGAGUGAUCACUCCAUCAUGGGCCAGUGCAAAGGUUCUGGUUUCUUUAUGCAUUUUAACAGUAGCACUGUAAAUGAGGGGGCCACAGCAAUGCUGGAAAGUAGAACACUGUACCCUAAAAGAGGAUUUCAGUGCUUGCAGUUUUAUGUAUAUAACAGUGGAAGUGAAAAUGACCAACUGAACAUCUAUGUCAGGGAGUAUUCUGCAGACAAUGUGAAUGGUACUUUAACUCUCCUGGAAGAAAUAAAAGAUAUACCCAUUGGGAACUGGCAACUCUAUUAUGUAAAAAUGAAUGCAACCAAUAAAUUCAGAGUGGUGUUUGGAGGAGUCAGAGGCCCUGGUGCAUCAUCGGGUGGCUUGUCUAUUGAUGACAUCAAUCUUUCGGAAACACAAUGUCCUCAUCAUAUCUGGCAUAUAAGGAAUUUCACAGAGCUCAUUGGCAGCCCAAAUGGAAUUCUAUAUAGCCCUCCAUUUUAUUCUUCUAAAGGUUAUGCCUUUCAGAUUUACUUGAAUCUAAACCAUUCGACUUAUGCAGGAAUAUAUUUCCACUUGAUCUCUGGAGCCAAUGAUGAUCAGUUACAGUGGCCAUGUCCUUGGCAACAAGCCACGAUGACACUCUUGGAUCAAAAUCCUGACAUUCGACAGCGUAUGUCCAACGAGCGGAGUAUAACUACAGACCCAUUUAUGACCACUGAUAAUGAAACCUAUUUUUGGGACAGGCCUUCCAAAGUGGGAAAAGUGGCUUUUUUCCCUAAUGGAACUGAGUUUAGAAGAGGCGGGGGCUAUGGAACCAGCGCCUUUAUAACCCAUGAGAGGCUGAAAAGCAGAGAUUUUAUAAAGGGAAAUGAAGUUUAUAUCCUACUGACGGUGGAAGACAUAUCCCACCUUAAUUCUACACAACCGCAGCCAAACCCAACCUCACAACCUCAGCCAAACCCAACUUCACAGCCGCAGCCAAACCCAACCUCUGACACUAACGACCUUUGUACAAACUUCACAUGUGAGAAUGAUGGCAUCUGCACUGUUCGAGAUGGCAAAGCUGAAUGCAGGUGUCCAUCAGGGGAAGACUGGUGGUACACAGGAGAGAGGUGUGAGAAGAGAGGCUCGAUUCGAGAUUCCGUUAUCGUUAUUGCUUCUUCAACUGUUGCUGUGUUUGUCCUGAUGCUGAUAGUCACCCUCAUCGCUGUCUAUUGUACCCGAAAGAGAUACCGUUAA